GUCUACAUACAUGUAGUAGAUCGAAGGAAGUUUGAAAGAAGUAUCCUUUCUUGUUCAUUCAUUCAAUAAAUUAAUAUAAACUAUAUUUGACGUAAUGCUUGGGGGUAUCGGCAUGAGCAACAUGUACGGUGGUGGACUUGGCAUGAGCAACAUGUACGGUGGUGGACUUGGCAUGAACAACAUGUACGGUAGUGGACUUGGCAUGAAUAACAUGUACGGCAAUGGACUUGGAAUGGGCAACAUGUACGGAGGGGGGAUAGGGUUCUCAGGUGGGGUUGGAUCUGGUAUGAUAGGCAAUACGCUAACAUCGAAUAUCAAUGGUCAUACGGGUGGUACGAACGAUUUCAAUAGCAACACCAAUGGAAACCUCCUAAGUGGUAAUUAUCCACAACAACAACAACAGGGCUUGCUGCCUUCAUCUUCGCAAGAUCUACGGGUUGGAUCUCCCAUUACACUCGGAGAGCUUCCACCUCCUUUAAGCGAGACUCCAGAGGAACGCGCACAACGCAUUCGCACCGAGCGCCACAGGGAGCGACAGCUUAUUCAAAAGCAACGUCAGGAGCGAAAACAGUUGCGACUCCAAGCAAAAAUGGAAAUAGCCGGACACCUGACCAACGUUCUCGUGCAAACCUUGCGUUCUGCUAUGGAACUUUUUGCGGUAUGCUUUGGUACUUAUUAUAGUAUGAAGGCUGUUCGUGCCUUUGCAAAUUCCCAAGAGACAAUUUCUUCCGUUCAGAUGCGGCGGGGACCGAUGGGAGAGUUGAUUCCGGUGCCUGGAUCGGCCACCAACGCUGCAGUUUCUGUGACUAAUAAAGGCACUAAUGCAUCAGUUUCUGUUUUAGGGGGUCGGUGGAAAUGGAUCAUGUUUGGCGUUUUAUUUCUUUUGGGUGAGAUCAUUACUGCACUCAUUUCACGUGCGCGCAACGCAACUUAUUUAUCUCUGACACGAAGGCUAGAUGAUGGUGUCAUGGAGAGCGAAUACGAUGACGACGUGCACCUCAAAAAAUGGGAGCUACCGUCAUCAGAGACGGACGAUUGUGAGAGUGUGGAAUCUUUACAGAUCGCUGAAGCAGAGGGUCAAGUGAUGCCACAAGGUGUCGCACCGGGGGAGGGUCCACUGGAUCUGUUUCCCUUAUCCCGUAAUCGACGCGUUUAUGUUGCUGUGUACGACUAUGAAGCGCAACGUGACCUCAAAGGAUAUCUGAGUUUUAAGGCUGGCGAUGAGUUUGUGAUUCAAGACUAUGCAGAAGGAACUUGGUGCAAAGCAACCGCUUGCUCUACACACGGUACCGCAUUAGGCCCUAGCGGGUUAGUUCCUAGUAACUUUCUGCGUCUUUUAGAGGCAGUGACAAAACUUUAG